AUGCCCCAUGCAGAUUCAUCCCUCGUCCCCUCGUCAAUCACAUCCAAAACCGAGUUUUGGGCCCAUGUACACGGCCAAUUGGCCUCUCUUUUAAGCGGGCAGAGACACUGGGUCACUAAUCUAGCCAACGCUUCGUCUAUGGUCUAUAGUUCCCUCCUUGCAUUCACAGCCCAUUUCGGAAGUGGGAGCCAGGCUGUCAACUGGUGUGGAUUUUACCUCAAUUCUUCGCUCUUCCCUGUCCCACGUUUUUUGGGACAAGAUGGAAGUGAUAACAACUCGGCAGCUGCUGAUGCCAGCAGACUGCUGUUAGGUCCGUUUUGCGGGAAACCAGCAUGCCAGUUCAUCAACAUCUCUCCCGGGAAAGCCCGCGGUGUCUGUGCGGAUGCAUACCUGCAGCGUAGAACUAUUCUCGUACCCGAAGUCGACCUUUAUCCGGGACAUAUCGCUUGCGAUGGAGAAACAAAAAGCGAGAUUGUUUGUCCGCUAAUAUUCAAGAAGGGGGACAAAGAAAUAAUGCUAGGCGUAUUGGACCUGGACUGCCUUGCAGUAUCGGGCUUUUGCGAAGAAGAUAAGGAAGGCUUGGAAAAGAUUGCAGCAUUAGUGGUCAGCGCUUGCGAUUGGUGA